AUGGAUGAAAGGUUGAAAUGGCUAGAGGGGAGGAUCAGCUCCUCCCUAAGACCUCGAAAUGAGGAGCUGAAAAACAUGUUUCUGAAUGAUGAAAACAGACUCGCGUUUUACGAGUUUAUCAAUAAUGAGGAUGUGCGGCGUCUGUUUGUGUUCAGUCGGCCGUCCAAACAAAUAACAGCUUCACUGAUUCCUCCACAUGACCUCAAGUACAAAUCAAUCUUCUUUCUCAAGUGUAAAGCUGGCACUAAACUGACCAAGGAAAAUAUAGGGAAUGAGGUGUUCUUCGUUGACUGUACUGAUGUACCCCUGGAACACCUAGAACUGAUUGUAAGGGAGGUCUACCUGCCUUUAUUAUGUACGAACCAGUCAAACUUGGCAGCUGCUGGAGGAGACAAAGUGAUGGAUGUGUUACAUAGACUCAUGUCUAUUGUGGAGGUGUCACAAGGUCAUGUUGAUGGCCGUAUCAUCCUAAGUCUGCCCUCCAUAGAAGUUUUAGCGGAGGCUGCAGCUACCCCAGCACGCAGAGGAUCGGUGCUUCAUGUACUGGAGACCACCGUCCUGGCUUGGAUCAAACAGAUCAAGGGUGUCCUACGACAUGACCCCAUUGCUGACCUUUUCCACCAUUAUGGUCCUGAGCCUGGCCCUCUGGAUGAGAUAAAGAUGUGGGAGAGACAGUUAGGUCGUCUCCACUCGAUCCUACGACAGCUGGAGUCACCGGUGGCUAAAGACAUUCUACAAAACCUCGACCAGGCACAGAGCCAGUACUCCAGCUCCUUCAACCACGUCAGAAAAGAUGUUAAUAGGGCAGUGACAGAUGUAAACCGCACCCUCAAGUUCCUCAGCACCAUGCAGUGGUUGUUUGAAGAUCUCCACAGCACACUAGACCCGAGACAGAUGCUCAAACUAUUCCAGCCCCUCAUGCAGGUUCUCUUCCGAGUCUGGCAGAACUCUGUAUACUAUCACCAGAUGGAUAAGUUUCAUAACAUCCUACGGAUGCUGUCAAACGAGGUCGUCCACCGGGCUAUUGCAUUAGUUGGAGAGGACAUCCUCAGGGAACCACUUGAGUCCUACUCUAAACUGAAGGAUGCCCUGCGGGUAUGUGCAGCUUUCCGGGGAACAUAUUUAGAUUACAAGGACAAAGCAGAUGAUCAAAACGCCAGAAAUAUCACAGAAAAUGCAGAGAGAUUAGCAUCACAGCCACAAGGAACUCUGUUCCUGACAAAGAUGUACGGCCCCCACGCCUACACGCCUCGCUAUGGUAUGAGACACCAGGACCACAACUCCAGUAACAGUUCAAUCAAUGAGGACGAGUUGUGGACCGAUAGUCCAUGGCCGCCACGCAAUGCCCCCUGCUUCGACCUCCUAAACAACUUCAUGGAAAGGUGUAAUGAUGUCUUAGAAUUAGUGGAAACGACCCGCCACUUCCGUCUGUUAGCAGAUGCAGCGGAGAUUGGUGGCGCUGGUAGUAUGAGUUUGGACGCUCUAGUCAAGGAGAUACAUGCCAAAUACACUCACUCAAUGCGAGAAUUUUUCAAUGUCGUCGGAAAUGUCCUCAGCAUUGAUGGCACACAGAAUUUUGAACGUUCAUUCUUCAAAUUUAGAACAGUAGUGAAGGCACUAGAGAAGCGUCUUUCUGAAAUCCUGCGAUUGUCGUAUAAUCAAUGUCCAACAGUGGAUGCCCAGCUCCGACUCCUCGAGGUGUUUGAGGGCGUUAGUAGUCGUGAAUUAGUCCAGAUCCACCUCCGAGACAAGGACGCCCUACUGAUCAAGGCAUUCAGUGCAGAGCUCAACAAUGUACGCCUCAUGUUUGAUGAAACCCAGCACCAUCCGCCCAGUCAUGCAAACAUGCCACGCAUCGUGUCCAAACUCAUGUGGAUACACGGACUCAUCCAGCGUAUCAAGCACCCGAUGGAGAAGAUGAAGCGAGUUAGUCCACACUCCCUAGAGGGCGACACUGGCUGGCAGAUGAGGGAUCUGUAUAACGACUGUCUCCGAAUGUUAGAGGACUUCAAAAAGGGGCUGAUGAUCGAGUGGCGUGAAAAUAUCACUGCUGAACUGACUCUUCAUCUCAAGCAGCCACUUCUGAUAGCGGAGGAGUUCGAUGAAGAUGUAGAAGUCCGUCCCCAAGUGAUCCAUGUUAACUUGGACUCACAGCUGUUACGAAUACUUCGGGAAAUCAACUACCUCAGUCAAGAGCCAUUCAACAUUCAGCUUCCAUCUGCAGCUAAGGAACUUGUGCGGAACACCAACGCGUUUGAGCUGCGUGUUACAGCCACGCGUCUAGAGACUAUUGUGUCAAAGUAUAACACUAUCAUGCGGACUAUCACAGAGUUUGAGAAGCCGCUGUUUGAGAGGAAACUUGCUAAAAUUGACACAUUGUUUGAGCAGGGCCUUCAGCAGUACACCUGGAAGAUGAAGGAGUCGGCUGACUUCAUUGAGCAGGCGAUGGCCCUUGUCUGUUUGGACGUCCAUCAGAACUUGGACACUGUCCAGACCAAUUGUCACGAGAUUGCGGAGAUUACCAUCUCCUGGUCAGCGGGAACUUUGGACGUGUUCUCUGGACGUAAAAUGGAUACCUCCUACUCCAUGGAGGAACUUCUUGACAUGCAAAAGAAUCUGACAGAGGACCACGAAGCACUGGUGCUGCCCUCUGGGAACAAGAUCCAUGGCCUUGUCCAAGUCUCUUUUGAGGCAGUUCAGAUAAGUCAGGCCUCCCCCGCCUGGGUAGACUACAUUGACUACAUAGAUGCCAUUGUACUGGAUGGUCUGAAGCAUGCCACUCUGGCCAGCCUGAAAUCAAUGCUCAACAACUUGGUGCAGGCCAAUAUGGACGAGGACAACAUCAUCAUGCCGAUAUUGACCAUCCGUCUGGAGCUCAUCGACAACAGGGUAGCGUUCCGACCCCCACUCGACCAAUCCUCAUCUGUCAUCAGUGUCCAGGAACUUGUCCAGAAAUGGUUAGAUGGCUAUCUGGCUAGAGGAAAACUCGUCAAAAUGUUAGGGCCAAAAGGUACUUACCAGGAUUACAUCUCGGCGGACGAGGAAGUGAAACAGUUGUUGGAGGACAUUAGUUCCAUGGUGGAUGACAACAGUGAGGAAUGCAAGAAACUGAUAGAGAUAUUUGGAGAUUAUGCCUUUUUGUGGCUUCAAGAUGUGAAUAUGACAUUUGAAGAAUUCCUUCGUGGGAAACUAUCACCCAACCCUCUUCGGAGUCCGAACAGGACAAUGGCUGGGAACAUCCGACAAAUGGCAUCAGAAAGGUCAAGGUCGAGGAGUAGUUCAAGAGCAUCGUCGACCAGUAGCAUUAACUCAGCUGGCCUAAUGGGAACAGCAGAGCGGACAUUCCUCACUCCUAAAAACCUGACAGAGGAUGCGGACACCAGCAUUCCGAGUCUGGAUGAGUUUGACUCGGAGAUCGAGAUUUAUAGGACUGCACGUGACGAGAUUCAGAGUCUUGAGGAUUUCCACAAUGUCGGCUGGCUUCGCGUCGAUCUUCAGCCAAUCAAGCAAGUCCUUACAACUUAUGCCAGCAAGUGGAUGUGGACGUACACAAAGUAUCUGUCAGACCAGGUGAGCCACAUGCUAGGAAACCUGGAUCUGUUCCUGAAGCGUAUAGAACCCGAGAUUGAGAGUAUUACUGGAGAGGAGAGGGACACAGCAUCAUUUAUGAAGAUGAUGAGGCUAUUUAAUGAGGUGUCUGCCCAGCAGUCUGAGAUGGAUGGAAAGUUUACAGCCAUGCACAGGACUGUCCUUCUACUGAAAAAAUAUGGACAGAAACUGCCAGACCGCACUCAACAGCUGUUCAAUGCAGCUCCUGGUCGCUGGAAUAAUCUCAAAACCAAAGUGUCUCUGGCCAAACAGAGACUUGGGCCUCGCAUACAGGAGGAGUCGGUCAGGAUCACACAGGACCUGGAAGCGUUCGGUAACCGUGUGUUGGCCCUGUACCAGGAGUUGGAGAACUCGGACGUUUACCAGCGUGACUGUAUCAUCGGGGACGCCUGGGUUAUUAUAGAUAACUUUGCCAAACGCCUGACAGUUCUGGAGAAUGAGGCUCAGGACCUCAUUGAACUACAGGAAUUACUCGAGACCUCUGUUGUCAACUUUGCCAUCCUCCCUCAAUGUCGUCAUGAGCUGAACAACCUUAAACAGGUGUGGGAGACAGUCAGAGUGAUCGACGAGCAGCAGGCCGAGUGGAAACGACACCGCUGGCAAAAGAUGAACACCAAAUUCUUACGGGAGGAAACCAACAAACAGUUGGACAUUGUCCGCGCUCUCCCUGAGGACAUCUUCACCUGGGACGUUUACAUGGGACUCCAUGAGUCUAUCACCACAGUUCAGACUUGUCUCCCCCUGAUUGAUGAUCUGUCUAACCCAGCGAUGCGAACACGUCACUGGAAACAACUGGUGCGUGUGACUGGUGGUGCCCUCACCAUCGACAAUGACACACUGAAGAGGAUGACACUCGGGGAACUUCUCAGCCUCGGUCUUCAGAAGCAUGUGGAUGACGUCCGUGUUAUUGUACAGAAGGCGGUGAAGGACUUAUCAAUUGAACAGUCCCUCAAAACUUACGAUGAGAUCUGGCUCAGUAAAAUCUUUGAGACACGACUCCACACACGAAGCCGUAUGGAGCAACAUUAUGUUAGUCAGGAUGCCCACAGCGAGUCCCAGAGUGAAGGGGGUCAGUCCCUACAACAGGUCGCCAUUCCUAGUCGUAGCCAGGCUCGGACUACCAGUCGAGUAUCCAACCAAAGCUCACACAGCAAAAACAAGCGAAGCAGCAUCGCCUCCCUGCCAGCCUCACUCCUUAAUCUGGGAGAGGACUUUGGGACGCUGUCUCUCCUCACCACCACCGACCCAAUCUUCCACGAACUGGAGCACCACCAGGUGUCGCUACAGGCCAUGCAGGCCAACAGUGCGGCCGGAUCAUUCCUGGACGAUGUACUUAAGUGGCAGAAAAAACUACAAACUAUUGAAGCUGUGUUAACAACAUGGCUGGAGGUCCAGGAAAAAUGGGUGGAACUGGAGGAGGUAUUCUCCGGGGCGGAUGUACGAACUUCCCUAUCCCAUGAUGCCAAUAGAUUUGCGGUGGUAAACAGAGAUUUCCGCCUCCUCAUGCGAGCAACAGAGAAAAAUCCUAACGUCCUACAGUGCUGCUCCAGAAAGAAUAUCCUGUCUAUCCUGGAACACAUGAACCACAGUCUGGAGAGUUGUCGACGUUCCCUCCUCAACCAUCUAGAGCGACGGAGACAGAUCUUCCCGCGAUUCUACUUCCUGUCUAUGGAGGAUGUUCUUCACCUUGUUUGUAACGGUUAUGACCUAAAACAGGUGAACCUGUUUAUCAGUAAAGUAUUCGAGAAUGUUGGUAGUCUGGUGUAUGAAGAGGUAGAGGACAACGAGAAAUACAGCUUCAUGAUCACUGGUGUGCUUAGCACGCUAGGAGAAAAACUGGACUUUCUACAGCCUGUCACAUGUGAGGGACAAAUUGAGACAUGGCUAACAAGCUUCAUUCUGGGUCUCAAGAAUGCUUUACAGUUCCAAAUGGCAACAGCUAUGGGUGUAGAGAAACCCAAACCCCGAACCAGGACAAUACGGAGUGCUGGGUCGCGCAAGGUCACUGUAGCUGCACGGGCAUCCAGUUCAAUGAGUAAGGGAAAGGAAAAGAAAGAGGUUGGCAGUAGAACAAGUAGCCGAGCCGCCAAGCGUGAUGCCAAGGAGCCGAUGAGUCGUGCCUCUUCGGUCGCCGACCAGCUCCUGACAGAGAAUGAUAGAGGAGACCAGCAGAAGUCAUGGACGCUGGAUCAUGUGAGUGAAGUCGUGUACCUGGCCACGCGCGUCCAGAUGACAGAGAAGAUCGAGUCAGCCCUGAAGGAGUUAGAGGGCGGCACCAAGGACAGUCUCCAGAACGCCUUACAGAAAGUGAAUCACAGUAUCAGGGCUACCACAGUCCUACUGAAGGGGCUGGAGGGAGAGAGGGAGACCAAAGGUCGUAACGAGGUCAGCGAAGGAGGUCGUUCUAUGAAGGAUGGAGAAAAAGAGGAGUUAUCAGAGUCGGCGUCUGUGGCAGGUGCCCGCAGUAGUUACGCUGCCUCACUUACUGGAGCCUCACGUAAGGGGUCAACGUUAGAUGUUGGUGGCGGUGAAACGGCACGGACCCCCAUCCCAGAGGAGGAGGGGUCCACCAAGGGGGAUGAACAGUCGUCCCUUAUGGAGCCCCAGACAUUGGAGCCAGUGGAUACAAUGAACAUACUGGCAGCCCCUCCCAUCACCACAUACAGCAAGAAAGAAGAAUCUAAGGAUGAACCCCCACAGGGAGAAUCCACCGACAUGAAGCUGAUGUUGUUCCCGAGUCAGAUACAGAAACUUACCUCCCUUCUUGCCCUUCUUGCACAUGUACGUGACUUCCUGGAGAGAAUGAUUGAAGCGGAGGACACUGCGGCCGUGUCAGGGUUUGAGUGGCGAUCACAUCUACGAUUUUACUUCAGCAAGGACAACAGGGCAGUCAGUAUCAAGACACUUGACUCUCAAUUUGACUAUGGAUACGAGUACAUCGGCUCCAGUCCAAGGGAGGUAAUCACUCCUCUCACUGAACGAGUGUUUGUCUCCCUUACACAGACGGUGAAGGCUCACAUGGGGGCCAUGUGUGUUGGUCCGAUGGACAGUGGUAAAUUUGAGCUGGUGCACGAGCUUGCCCGAUGCCUUGGCUAUCCUCUGUUCAAGUUCAAUUGUACAUCCACCAUGGACUACAUGCAGCUCCAUGACAUAUUCCGAGGCAUGGCUUCAACAGGAUGCUGGGUUUGCUUCAACAACAUCAGUAACCUCACGCCAGCCGUCCUCAGUGUCUACGCCCAGCUCAUAUCGGCUGUUAUGGGCGCUCUUAGAGCCGGGAAGGCAGCUGUCCAUCUACAGUCGGACGACAUACAGCUGAACGCUGCGGGAGCUUGCUUCGCACUCACCGACAGUGCUGUACAGGUACAGCCGGGAAACCCAGAGAAGUUGCUACUGUACUCUUCUUCUACAGCAGCCAUCCCCGACUACAUCAUGGUCCAGUUCCGUACCAUCUCUGUUCUCCAGCCUGACCUUCACCUUGCGUUAGAGGUCAUGCUAUCAAGUCAAGGAUUUGUGUCGGCUCGUGUGUUGGCAAAAAAGACAAUGACACUGUAUGAGUUGUGUAGGAAACUGCUGGGAACCAAUGUGUUUAUCACAGAAAAUAUCACUCUGGGAUCGGAUGUAAACCAUGGUCGUGGAGGCUGGAGUAUGAAAACCCUGAAGGGACUGGUGUCUGAGGCGGGGGCAUACAUGGAGAAGUUAAGUGAACAAGAAAAAGAGGAUCCAGUUGAAAAACAAGACCAAGACAAUGUAGAGAAAGCUGAUGAAGUGUUCUCCGAGUCCAAACUUUUGCUGGAGGAGAAAUCCCUUGUACUGGCUAUCAGAGACACAUUCCUACCUCGAAUGAAGGGAAGGGACUCCAGUGUUUUUGGGACAUUAGUGGUUGACAUGUGGCCAAAUGUUGAUGUCCCCAUGGUGUUUGGUGGAGAAGAGGACAUGCUACCUAAACCACCACAAUCCCGUAAUAGUUCUGUUAAAGGGACGUCCUCGCGCGCUAAGACUGCGAAGAGUCAGGACUCCAUGAGAUCUCUUAAAGGGAUAUCUUAUGAGUUUAAACUGUUGAACUCUAUCAACCUCAACACUCCAGUUGUGACAAUGGCUCACUCCGCACAACGUUUCCAGCCAGUUACUGAUCCCAACCAAAACCAAAACCUUGAGGACAUGCACGAUGCCAUUGCCGUGGCAACCGGUGAGCUCGGACUUUUACCAGGGGUCGCCUUCCAGUCACGAGUCGCUCAACUCUCUCAGCUCAAUGCAGCUCAUCAGGCGAUAUUUGUGGUGGGACCCCCCGGCUGUGGUAAGAGUGAGUGUAUAAAGACGUUUGCUGUGGCGGAGCGUGAACGAGGAAAAACCAUCAGUGUUCAUACGAUGUUCACCAAGGCAGUCGAGUCUGAGGAACUGAUGGGCUACUGGGACCCAAAGACCAAGGAGUGGAAGGAUGGUCUGUUUGCCUCCCUCCUCAGAAAGCUGUGUAUCCAGCCACCAAGUAUGAACUAUGACUUUAACAGUAAACCCACCAUGAAGAUCGUCCAACUCGAUGGAGAGGCCGAUGUUGGACAGAUGGAGUUACUUGCCGCUUUUCUCAAUAACGAUGGAUCUGUUGUCCUAGGCAACAAUGAAAGGAUGGUCAUCCCAGACACGACACGAUUCUUCUGGGAGCUGGAGACAGUCGGACACAUGAGCCCUGCUCUGCUGGCAAACGUUGCCAUCCUCCAUAUGUCUAUGCUGGAUGUGGGCUGGAAGCUCCUGUUGGUCCAGUGGCUGGAGCGACGUCCAGAAGCUGACCGUGAGCUUCUGUCUGGAUUCUGUGAUGUGUAUGUUCAGAAAACAGUUGACUACCUGACAGAAUGCUGCCAGCCACACAUGUUGGGUGGAGUGAAGCGUACCGGACCCCAGUACAAACGUGUGAUACCACACUCUACUGAAAACAUGAUCAACACAUUCUGUACCCUUCUGGAGGCCCUUGUCCACUCCAACCCUGACCUCAGUGACCUUGAAUAUGAGCGAUACUUCAACUUCGCAAUCAUCUGGGCAUUCGCUGGAACACUGGAGGUAGAGCACAGAGAAAGCUUCAGUCAGUGGUGGAAAGUAGAGUUUCAACAGUACAUCGAGUACCCCGCCGAGGGCACGGUGUUUGAUUUCUACGUGGAUAGUGAGAGUCACGAGUUUACACGCUGGUGUGAUAGUAUCACUAACUACAGUGGCGACCCUCACUCGGGGAUCUCGUCGGAGGCUUUCGUACACACGGUCCCUAUAGAGCAACUCAUGUACCUGUUGGGGACGCUGUCAGACUACGGUAAACCUGUGGUGCUGGUCGGAGAGAACGGCUGUGGGAAAACGGCUAUCAUCAAUGAGAGAAUCCGUACUGUGUGUUCAGGAGAGGUGGCCGAGGUCCUGUCCCUCACAGUACAGGCCAACAGUUUCACUAAUGCCCGUCUGUUGUACGACCGUCUGGAUGGGCGACUUGAGUGGAAACAUGGGCGCACAUACGUCCCGAAGGGAAACAAACGUCUCCUUUGUCUGGUGGACGACAUCAACUUGUCUCAGGUUGAUAAGUACGGUCAUCAGACAGCUUUAGAAUUGGUUAGGGAGCAUAUCGACGAUGGAGGCUUCUACAACCAAGACACUCACGCUUGGCGCUACGUAAAGAAUGUCACCUACGUCAGCACCAUCAACCCACACACUACGGCCAAUGUACCAGCCAUCAGUCAGCGUUUCCUCCGACAUUUCGCUGUGUUCGGCUGUCCCUACCCGACCAGCUCUGACCUCCAGACCAUCUUCUCAACUCUCCUCCACACACAUUUCAUCACGCCAGAAACAUCUAGUGCAGCAAACCUUACCGGUGGACAUCAUGGCCAUGAUGAGAAGGCCCAGAAUGCACAGAAGGAAGAGGAGGAUGCCAUGCGGAGACUGCUCUCGCUGAUUGUACAAGUCAAUGUGGAUCUCCAGGAUCGACUUCGUACCAUGUUCCUACCGACGGCCCAGCGCUGUCACUACAUCUUCACCGUCAGGGACUUAUCCACCAUUUUUAAGAAUCUCUGUCUAUCCCUUCAACCUGGAUGCUCCAAGAAAAAUGUACUGUUGCUAUGGCAACAUGAGACCUUCUGGGUGUACGGCCAUCGUAUGGUGUUGGACGUAGAUUUCCGACGGUUCAAGCAGGCAUUCUCUACCGCUGUUAAAAAGGAGUUCACAGCCGAUGAAUAUAUCCAGCUACUUAUCAAGACUCGCCGCCCACUGUUCAGUAACCUAAUAGAGCAGGAUAGUGGUGUAGUCACAGCCGGAAUGAUUGACAUGCGCCACAGCUCUCAGGUGUCGGAGGAGGAUGCACGCACGGAUCUCUACAAACCUGUGUACAUCGACACCGAGGCCAAGGCCCUAAUGGAACGAGGGGUUGAGGAGUACAACAAAAUACACCCUCGCAUCAAGUUAGCCCUGUACAAGUCGGUUGUCGAGCAGGUAUGUCGCAUUGCGCGUACCAUCGCUUCACCUCACGAGAGCGCCCAUCUUGUACUGAACGCUGAGGGUUGCCCGGGGCGAUGUACAGUCAUUGUGAAGCUGGCUGCCCACUUGUGUGGCUACACAGUUCACCAGAUCAACCCAUCCUCCAUGGGCGCCACCUCUGAAUACAAAAUGGACCAAUUCAAGGCUGACCUUGUACAGGGCUAUACCCGUGCUGGGUCAAAGGUGAACAGCUCCAGCCCUGGAGAGAAGAUUCUGUUACUACUACAUGAGGAGGAGUUACUAGAGGAAGACUUCCUCGUCUACCUCAUCGAGUUUAUCGUUGGGGGCUCAAUCAGUCAUCUGUUUACGUAUGAGGAGCAGACGACCAUCAUCAACUCUAUCAGAACAGAGGUUACCCAGGCUGGACUGACUUAUACACGGGACACCGCCUGGAACUUCUUCUUACAAACUGUGAGAAACAACUUCCGUAUCUGCCUGAUCUCCAGCGACAGUGGUAAAAUGUUCCAGCGAAGGUGUCGAGAGUAUCCAGCCUUCACCAAGAAUGUCAACUUUAUAUGGCUCCCUCAUUGGUCCAAACUACAGCUGGUGGAGCACGCUCUGUACCACCUCAAAGUUGUCACGUGGAUGACAGAUGUACAGCGAGAAAACAUAGCACACAUGUUGGCCUCCAUGCACUUGGUACUACGUCAGCAGGACGGCCAGGAAAAAGAUUCUGGCGAGUACCGACACAUCACCAACACCACUUACGAAAAGUUUGUAGAGAGGUAUAUUUCACUCGCAAGUACCAAACACAAAGAGGUUAACGAAGUCCAGGAGGCUGUGAAAAGUUCACUCAACCAGAUUCGACGCGAAAACGAGGUCGCCAUUAAACUCCGCAAACAACAGGAGCAUGAAAUGAUCGUCCUGGAGGAGAGGAAGGCUGGUACCAUCAAGAUUCUGUCACAGAUCGGUCAAGAUACAGCCAUCACGGAACAGCAGAUCAAAGUGGUCAAGGCUCAACUGGACAAAAUUUCUAAACUCAAGAAGCUGUUACCGGAGUACCAGGUGGCUCACGAGCGAGCUGUUUACAAGGCUAUUGCUAUAGUGGCUGACACGAAGAAAGUCGUUCAGAGCAUGAACAGCGAGAAACUGGCCGAGCUUCGGGGCAUGAACAAACCUAUCAUUGAUAUAGAGGACCUCAUGACCGCAGUCAUCAUGAUACUGAAAACCCCAUCAGCUGAUCUGACAUGGCAGAAAGGAGCUAAACGACAGAUGGCCAACCUUGAAAGGUUUAUCGAGGAGCUGACGUCUUUUGAUGACAACCAGCUGGCAGAGUCAACGCUGAACCUAGUAGAGCCUUACCUUAAGAAACCUUCAUUUGACCCAGACACUCUGGAGAGGAAGACUGGAAACUCUGCAUGUGGCUCUCUCUGUAAAUGGGUCCGCGGGGUUGUCAGGUAUCACCGUAUGAUGAUCUCCAAAGUCAAACCGCUCCACCAAAAGGUCGAGGAGACAACUCAGGCUGUGGAUGAUGCAGAACACAAAAUGGCUACCCUGGAGAAUAAACGCAAGGGCUUGGAUGUGAGGCUGGACGAUCUAGCCAAAGGGUUCGAGGAGGCGACUAUUGACAAAAACGAACAGGAUGAGAAGACCGUGAGAAUGAAGAAAAUGCUGGAGACUGCAGCUCAGUUGAGACGGACGCUGAAGGGCGAGAGACAGAGAUGUCAACAGAUCUUUGACUCGUACGAGCGGCGAAUCAUGUCUGUCCCAGGAGGAUGUGCUAUGGCUGCAGCUCUGGCCACAUACCUCGGACCAUACCACCAUAACUUCCGUCGCAUGAUGUUGACCGUCCACUGGCCAAACUGUCUACGUGAGCGUGGAGUUCCGCUUGUCAUUGAUUCCAUUGACGGACUCAAAGGCCGUGUGAUAGACUGGUCCAUUGACUUCCUGAAGACAGCAGCUGGAGCAAGCACCGUGUACGAUAUCGACUACACCUCCGCCCUAAUGGGACCUACAGACAUCGAGGACCAACCUGUCACGGAUCGCUCCGUCAAGACAAACAGUGGAGAAGGUGACAAAGGAAAGGAGGGAGAGACAAAAGAGGAGACAACUGGUGACAAAGAGAAAGAAGCAGAAGAGGACAAAGAAGAAUCUGGAGAUGAAAAGAAGGAUGAGGAGAAAGAAGUGAUAGAUAAAGAAGGAAAGAGUGUCGAGGAAAAGGAAAAAGAUGAUUCUGAUGGAAAGAAGGAAGAGGAGAGUGAAGUGAAGGAAGAAGCAACAGAAGAAAAGCAAGAAGAAACGAAAGGAGGGAAGUCGUCCCCAACUGAGGAGAAGACAUCGUCCAAUUCUGGAGGGACUGAACGCGAGGGACUGGAGCGUAUCCAGGAAGAGGGCGAUGAGGAUAACGAGAGUCAGGUGACCUCAUCCUCAGCUCCUCUUCUUACCUCCACCCAGUACAACAAGUAUGUUGUCUCUCUCGUCAAACUUCUGGUAGGGGAGAGAACACUCAACGACUGGCUCCGUAAAGAUUUUGGACCAAGACAGAUUGAGAAUGCGGCUAUCCUGUGCUCUUCUUGGCAGCGUCCCCCUAUGUUGAUUGAUCCAAAUGGAGAAGGAUCAAUUUGGCUUGGAAGACUCAACAAAUUAAUGAACAAAAAGAAGCUUGUUUCUCUAGAUAUGGACACAAGAUGUUGGCACAGCAAGACAAUACAAGGGACUGACCCACACGUGAUAAUGACGCUGGAAAAGGCCAUCAUGCGAGGAAAGCCCGUCCUGCUGAGUAACUGUGAGGAACACAUCGACAAUAUCAUUACCCCUCUGAUGCACCACAGGAACACCGCUAACGAGAAUGAUCGCGAUGAAGAGCCACGGAUGAUCAGAUUCUGCGGCCGCCGAGUUCUCUGUCACCAAGAUUUCCGAUUCUAUCUAUCAGCACCACUCGCAAAGCCAAAAUUUAAUCCAGAAAUAGCAUCUGGUACAACCCUCAUCAACUUUGGUGUGUCACAUGACACGCUGACAGAGGAUCUCUUGACACGUGCAUUUGCCCGAAUGCGUCCGAAGCUGUUCAAGGAGCGCAUGUUGGCAUUAAAAAAUAUGCAGCUACAACGGGACACUUUGCUUCGCCUGUCAGAGAUUGUCAAGGAUCGCAUUCUCACCCAACAGGAGGCCAUGUUAGGUAGUGCGAAGGCCCUCAAGUUCAUCACUGAUAUCACAAAUGCCAAGAUGGAGCUGGCCAAUCAGCUCACAGAGACGCAGAAUUUACUCACAGAUCUUGACGACCUAAAAGAUGAGUUAUUUCCCUUGGCUCGACGGGCUGCCAUGCUGUACGCGAUCUUGCGUUCCCUCCAGAGUAUACAUAACGAGUACCAGUUUACGAUGCGCUACUUUGUAGAGCUAUUUGAUGAAGCAGUUGGAGGGGAAGUUCCACAGGAAUUCUGGGAAGAUGAUGAUGAUGGAGGUUAUGAGGAUGCUGACGACCAAAGUAGUGUGGACUUAGAGAAGAAACGUCGAACUGGAAGUACGUCAUCUCACGCCUCCAAAGACAGCGCUACUGCCGGGGCUCAAACCACAGAAAAACAGUUCAAGUCAGAGAAGGACAAGACCGAGGGCGAGUAUGAGGCCGAUUUUGAGGGCGACAGUCACGUACAGAGUCAACAGCAGGCUACGACAGAGGGUGAUGAAUCGGCCAGUACUGCUGCAGCCCAGAAGCUGAUAGCAGGAUCUGAAUCAGAGGAAUUACCUCCCCUCGAGAUCCCUGAGACCACUACCUUACCCUCCGAAGGGGUGGAGUACGACAACUUAUCAGCCAAUCAGAUUAAAAAGAUUAUGGAUGAACUGACGGGACUGGUCUACAGGAGAAUUAGAGAGAGUCUGUAUGAGGAGGACUGCCUGUUGUUUACCACACUUCUGACACUCAACAUACAGUCGGAGGGUAUGGAGAACUUCUCAAACGAGGAAAUGUCACUACUGCUUCAAGGUAACCCAGGCCUGGGGAUGCAGCUGACCCUUGAGGACUUUGACUGUAAGGACACCCCACCAGAUUGGAUGCCCCAGGAGAAAUGGGAGGACAUCAUGGCUCUGUCUGUCCUUCCUGGACCACUCGACAGCCUCUGUAUCAACUUCGCCCAGAACUCAGACGGCUGGCAUGCCUGGUACAAAUCUACUCAUCCAGAGAAGGAAGCUCUCCCCCUGACACCAGUGGAGGGUGAGGCCUCUAUAGAGAAUCGGCCAGGAUCUGGCGGGAGUAAGAACAGUCGUGGUGGAGGCUCAAAGUCUCCCGACCUCGGCCCAUUGUCUGACUUCCACCAACUGCUACUACUGAGGAUGCUGCGGCCAGAUCGUCUCCCAAUCGCCCUCGUCCGAUACGUCAACAAACACCUGACCUUUAACCUGCCCAACCAAUCUGACUUCAGUAUACAUGAGGUCCUGAAGGAUGCCAAGCGCCACCUUGGGGUACUGCUCUUACUGCCACCUAGUGUCACAAACGGGCCAAAGAACCCAUCGUCCCGUCUGAGUCUAACCCACCCUCCGGUCGAUGUCCUCAUUAGGAUGGCUAAGUCUGUUGGAGCCAAGGUAGAACAUGUCCGUGUGGGUGAGGGAUGUGAGAUCCAGGUGGACGAAGCCAUUGAUGCUGCCGAAAAGAAUGAUGGCUGGGUUAUCAUUGAGGACCUCCAUCUCUCCCCGAAAGGAUUCUUCAAUGAGCUCAAGAAACACCUAGUCCGAAUGGCAAGGACUAGAAAUAACAACAAAGACGAGAACAAAACAGAGAGUCAGUUCUGUGUGUGGGUCACUUCUGAACCAUGUGACCAGAUCCCUGACUUCCUGUUACGUAACUUACACAAACUGUCAUGGAACCACAUGACAAUGGAUGUUAUCAACAACGACCUUUCACCUCCACAUAAGGCUGAUGAUGCUGAUGUUGGGGCAGGGCCAUUUACUCUUACCUAUAGAUCACCUCACACCUAUCUACAUACAGCAAUCGUAAGCACACUGAAACAAGUCGACAUUGCAACCAUGACAAAGGUGAUGGCGGAACCUCAGCUCAUCCGUACCAUGGCAUUCGGUGUGGGGGUGGUCCAGGGUAUGUUGGUUGCCCGGCAACUGUUUGGAACACAGGGCCUGAACCAGUGGUAUCCCUUCAACUCAGUCCAGAUGGAACAGUCCCUUGAUGCCCUCACUGGCCAGCUCCUCAAAGGAACAGAAGAUGCAGAACCCAAACUUGAGGAGAUCACCAACCUGUUUACUGAGCUGGUGUAUAAGAACUGUGUUUACACGGAGAGUGACAAGACCUAUGUGGAGGCGGUCAUCAGACAAGUACUGACCAAUGUCUACCAGGACACAUCUGGUCAGCUCAUACUGGGCGGUGUGUCCAUUCCAACACCUCCGGCCAAUGUUGACCCUAGUGAGUUUGGUAAAUGGUAUGCCAAGAAUGUCGAUGAGGAUUUCACCAUUCCAGCUCUUCAACUACACAGCAGUGUGGAACGAGAGGUCAACGAGGCCAAUUCUCUGGUGUUUAUUGAACACCUGGACCACAUGUUUGAGACACAGAACAUGGAAGCUGGAGAUGUUGCCCGAUCUACCAAACACAACAUUAACAUCAUGAAGCUCAGGUCGUCCCUUGACCUAUGUCUGGAAGAGUUACCUAACCUGCUGGAGCUUGGCAGUGUUCCGGAAAUCCUCAGUAACGAUUUUGAUUUCCCAUAUCAUCGCCCUAGUCUGAUUAGCCUGGCAACCAACAGUAGUACCCAGAUGCCAGAGACCAUUGGCUACUGUCUUCUACAGGAAUGCCUCUGGCUGAACUCUUCACUAUGUCACAUCCGACAACAGAUAGCAGACCUACAGAGCUCCCUCCUGGGCGGUCCCGAGGCCCUGGCCUGGGUCCUACUGCCCACAGUGUAUAGCCUACAGGAGGAACAUGUACCUGUGUCCUGGGUACACCCCAACUGUCAGCCAUGUACUCACUCUCUUCUCUCCUGGCUAGACUACACAAAGAAAUGCCAUGAUCAGCUACAUAACUGGGUGAAGCAUGGAAUGGUUCCUACCUUCAAAGAGAACACACUGGGGGAGAACCCAGUCAUAGCUCAGGGCUCAUUGGCCAGUGUGUGGCUAGGUGGACUUGUCAACCCCACAGCUCUACUGACAGCCUACAUGCAGGAGAAGGCCAUCGUCAGCAAAUGUAGCAUGGAUGAGGUUUCAUUUGAGUGUGUUGUAAUGGACGAAAUCAACAUCAAGGACUAUGAUAUCGACGAGGGUGGCUUGUUUAUUACAGAGAUCAACCUACAGGGGGCCAGCUGGAACUACGAUCUCGACUCCCUCGCCGACGCCAAGUCGGCCCUGUACAGUAUCCCCUGUAUCUAUCUACGGCCGAAGACCAAGACAGAACUGGCCGCAAAGGAGAAAACCACAUUCUACCCCUGUCCAGUCUACAUGAACAAGAGUCGACAAGUCCUAACCACGACCCUUGACCUUAACUGUACCAAACCAGUCGACAACUGGAGACUCUCUAGAGUCGCACUCAUUCUUGACCCUGGCCUUCCUGAGGAUGGAGUGAAGAAAUCACGAUCAUACUUGAUGCUAACUCGAGCUCCACAGAUGAUGACAAUGGAAGAGGAAUCUGAACUAGCGUCAGAGGAGGAGGAGGAAUACAUCCGACUUGGUGAGGAAACGACUACAGACAUCGACCAAUCGGAACAGUCGACACAACUGUCAUAUAGACCGAUGACUCCCAAGGCCCCACCACUUCCUGCUGGUCUGGGACUCCGUAAGGAACCUUUAAUGGUCGAGGAAGAAGAAGAGGAUUUAGAAACUGCAAGAAGUGGGGGACAGAAAAGUGAGGGGAAACUUUCAACCAAGACUGGAGAGUCUACACCAAAAAGGUCAGAGAAAAGUAGUCCUAAGACAGGAGUCGCCACACCUAAAGGUAGUAUUAAGUCUUCAGCUUCCAAACACGGGUCGGGCCCAGGGUCUCCACGGGAACAAGCGGUCACCAAAUCGCCAGCACCAUCACGAGGCAGCAAUGCUGGGAAUAUGACCCCAGGGUCGAAAUCUGGAUCACGUCAACAGUCACAUCGUACAUCACAGGAACUGGAAGUAGCCGAGCAGAGCAGUCGGCCACGUUCCGAACACGAGGAUCCAGUCACACAAAUGGAAAUAGAGGAUGAGACAACCCACCCUGACCCCAAUGAGGUCAAGAGUCAAAGGUCAGACAGGGAAAGUAUCCAAGAGGAAGCUGUUCAAGACAAUGCAGAAGAUGAACAUACAUUAUCUAAGGCUCCUUCAAAAGAAAGCGUAAAUAAAUCUGAUAAGCUGUCGAAGGCUCCUUCAAAGGAAAGUGUCAAUAAAUCGGACAAAUUGUCAAAAGGUGCCUCAAGGGAAAGUGUAAACAAAGUGGGCACAAUGUCCAAAGGAGCCUCUAAGGAAAGCAUAAACAAAGUGGGCACAAUGUCCAAGGGAGCCUCUAAGGAAAGUAUAAACAAAGUGGGCACAAUGUCCAAGGGAGCCUCUAAGGAAAGUGUAAACAAAGUGGGCACAAUGUCCAAGGGAGUCUCUAAGGAAAGUGUAAACAGAAGUGCUGGCCAGGCUGAGGCAGGUCAAGGUUCACAGCCAGGUAGCAGACGACCUUCAGCUGGAUCACAAAGGUCACGAGCAAGUCCAGCCAACCAAAGUCAAGGUCAAAGGCGCCCAUCACGGGGAUCACAAAGAUCCACUGACCAAUAGACGAUCAAGACUUGUUUCACAUUAAAGUUCUGUUAAAUUUUGAUAAUCCGUCCACAUGUGCUAAACCAUCCGUGAUAUCUACAGUAUUACAGAUAUAUAUAUAUACAUGAAUCAUUCCUAUUUAUAUUAAUUUCAAACAUAUGAAGAUAUUGAUCUGUGAUAGUCUCGUGUGUAAAUAUUUACAGACACACAACUCUGAACUGCUGACGUUUUGUACUAAUUCUCAGAUAAUGUCCGUGUUGAUAUUUCACUGGAUACCCUGUGCCUUUUGUUAGGAGUAUGGAGGAUUUACUUUACCAUAUUCUUCUUCUUUAGAAAUAUGAAGAACUGAUACAUGUUAUAAUGUUCAGUGUGUAAGAAGAUUCAAACAGAAUAUCAAUUUCUCAUUUUUGUCAUCUGCCAUUUUCCAUUACAUUCAUCCUGUUAUUAUUUUAUGAUCGGCAUUAUAAUGAACUAUCAGUUGUGUAAAUGCUGUAUAUAGGGUGGGAGGGAGGGAGGAGGGACCUAAAUUAUUGUGUCUGUCAGUGUAUACUUCAAAUUGUACCAUUUUAUAUGUGUUAUUGGUUGUACUAUAUGAACCAUUAUUGCUAUUUAAAAUGAAAAUUUUGUUUUAGGAUUUCAAUUAAUGUUGAUAUAUCACUGAAUUUCUGAGCCUUCCUCACUAUCCUAAUUUCACACAUUAAAUAUUGCCGACUCACCUGAUUUCGCCAGAUUAACCUGAAAUUGUCAAUACCUUAUCAAGCGGAACAUUUUGGAAAAUUUCACCUGAUAUUAAAUGAUAGAAAUAAACAAUUUUGAAUAUAAAUUGAAAACAAAAUGUUUAACUUUGUUUUACAUGGUGACCAUUUUAAACACCAUUUAAUCCUGAUAAUGUCGGCUAUGACUGAAUAUUGACAACCCUGACUUUACUUGUAAUGUUUGAGCACAUUUCACUGUCUGGUGUUAUAGUGUUAGACACAGUAAGUUGUAAUCUUUCAUUUAUAUGUGUUGUUUUUAAAAUGUUCAAUUAAAAUUGUAAAUUGUGAUAUUUGUGAGUAAACAAAGACAAACACUGAUAUCUGCUGUGAGAUAAAUUCUCAGAAACAUUACAGAGUAUUACAUAUUUUCUACAAAGGAUUUGAAGAAGAAUUUAUUUCUCGCUGUGGUUAUCAAUUCUAUAACAAUGGUUAUAGUACAUCAAAGUUUAUAAAUCAUGUGAAAUAUUUAAUUAAAAGCAAAUUAGACUGGAAACAGGUUGACUUUUUAAAGUCUUUUAAAAUGAGUGAGAAAAAUAUUGUUUGUUGAAAAGUGAAAGUAAGUGUUGCUACUGAAUAUCUAACCUAAAAAUAUUCAAUGUUUUGCUUGUUGAAUUCUACAAUGAAUUAUUCAAUAAAUAUGAAAUUAAAACAAGUCAUAUUUGAACUUUAUGACCUCUGAAGAGAUA